AUGGCCCGCCGCGCCGCGACGACUCUCGCGCUCGCCACGCUCGCCACCGCCUUCGCGCCCAUGCCGGCCACCGCCCGCAGCGCACCCGUGCGCGCGGCCUUCUACGACCUCGCCGACGUCGCCAACGACGGCUCGGAGGUCGCCUUCAGCCAGUUCGAGGGCAAGGUGUGCUACGCCGUCAACGUCGCGUCGGCGUGAGGCGCGACGCGGCCGGGCUACAAGCUGAUGAAGCAGCUCAGCGACGAGUUCGGCGACGACCUCGCGGUCAUCGCGUUUCCCACGGGCGAGUUCGGCGGCCAGGAGCUGCCGACGGACGAGGCCAUCGCCAAGUUCGCCUACGACCGCGUCAAGUUCCCCGCGGCGCCGCGCGGCGUUCUUUUACAGAAGGCGGACCUCGGCCGCGCGUCGUGGCAGGCCAUGCAGGCCGAGGCCGGCGCGGACGCGCCGGCGUGGAACUUCAAGGGCAAGUUCCUCGUCUCCAAGGACGGCGCGGUCACGGACGCCAGCGGCGUCGACGACAUCGCCGCCGCGGUCAAGGCCUUGCUC